GUUACGACUACCUUUAGCUGCCAUUAUAGACCACUGGGGUGCCAGGGGGGACGAAUAAUUGGCGGUGUUGCUUUCCGUUGUCUUGACUCCGCACGUUCCAGUCGUGGAGUCGUGCCUCCAAACCCCUUGCCGCCGGACGUCCACUUGAAGACACACCUCAUAUACGGUCCAGCCAAAAAUGCUCCCAGCGCUGGCCGGCCGGCUGGGCCGGCUUCGCGCCCUGAAGACGAAUCGCAUGCAGGCGCUCGGGGGCGCAGAAUUCCACGUCAACUCCAGCGGCAACCCAACCAACUACGAGGAGGAGGACGAAGUCCCGCCCUACACCCCGGCGCUGCAGCACCCCGCCUACGUGGUCCGCAAGACGGGUGUCGACCUGCUGCAUGACCCUUGGUGCAAUAAAGGGAGUGCGUUCCCCAAGUCGGAGCGCGACCGGCUGGGGCUGCGCGGGCUGCUGCCGCCGCGCAGCCUAACCAUGGAGCUGCAGGCCGCCCGCUUCAUGGAGGACUACUACCAGCCCAAGGAGCUCAUCCCGCCCGAGGACGUCAAGCUGGGCGGAGUCACCAGCGCCAUGGCCAGAAGGUGGAAGCUGCUGCAGGAGCUGCAGGACCGCAACGAGACGCUAUUCUACCGGGUGCUGGUGGACAACUUCACAGAGAUGGCGCCCAUCAUCUACACGCCCACCGUGGGCUGGGUGUGCGUCAACUACCACAAACUGUACCGCCGGCCACGUGGCAUGUACUUCAGCGCGGCCGACCGGGGGGACAUGUUGGCGAUGGCCUACAACUGGCCGCAGCAAGACGUCCAGGCCAUCGUGGUGACUGACGGCAGCCGCAUUCUGGGUCUGGGCGACUUGGGAGUCAACGGACUGGGCAUUCCUAUCGGCAAGCUCGACCUCUACUGCGCCGCGGCAGGCUUCUCGCCCAGCAAGGUGCUCCCUGUGGUGAUCGACGUGGGCACCAACAACGAGGCGCUGCGCAACGACCCGCACUACGUGGGCCUCCGCAUCCCGCGCAUCACCGGCCCCGAGUACUUUGAAAUCAUCGACGAGUUCGUGUCAGCGGUGAUGGCGCGCUGGCCCAGUGCGGUGCUGCAGUUCGAGGACUUCUCCAUCAACCACGCCGUGCCGCUGCUUGAGCGGUACCGCAAACACCACCUCGUGUUCAACGAUGACAUCCAGGGCACGGCCGCCACCGCGCUGGCCGGCCUCUACGGCGCGCUGCGCGUGAUGGGGCUGCCCCCCGCGGCGCUGGGGCAGCAGCGCAUCGUGUGCGUGGGCGCCGGCUCGGCGGGCAUGGGUGUCGCCAGGAUGAUCGCGUCGGGCAUGCAGAAGCAGCAGAGCCUGACGGCGGAGCAGGCCGCCGACCGCUUCCACGUCAUUGACGCCCACGGCCUCAUCACGACCGCGCGCACCAACAUCGCCGACUUCGCCAAGCCCUUUGCGCGCGCCGACCCCACGCACGAGGGCGAGGACCUGCUGGCGGUGGUACGGCGUGUCAAACCCACCAUCCUGCUGGGGCUGGCGGGCGCGGGGCGGCUGUUCACGGAGGAGGUGCUGGCGGCCAUGAACAAGGGCUGCCCGCACCAGCGCCCCAUUAUCUUCCCAAUGAGCAACCCCACCAGCCGCAUGGAGUGCACGGCGGAGGACGCCAUGCGCAUCACCCAGGGCCGAGCCAUCUUCGCCAGCGGCAGCCCACAGCCGCCCGUGACGCUGGCCAGCGGGCGGGAGGUUGCGGUGUCGCAAUGCAACAACAUGUACAUCUUCCCGGGCAUUGCGCUGGGGGCGUACCUGGGCCAGACGCGCAUCAUCACCGACCGCAUGCUCAUGGCCGCGGCGGAGGAGCUGCCACGGCUCAUCCCAGAGGAGGAGCUGGAGCGGGGCCUUGUAUACCCCAAGCUGUCCAAGAUCCGGGACAUCUCCGUGUCCAUCGCCACAGCAGUGGCCAACGCCGCCGGGGACGAGGGCCGCCUGCGCGGCCGCAUGCGCGAGAAGUACGCACAGGGUGACGAGGCGCUGCGCGCCUUCAUCGCCAGCUCCAUGUUCUACCCCAACUACAGCGCACUGGUGCACCUGCCCAGCGGCAUUGGGGAGUAGGGAGCACAGGAGCGGGCAGGCGGGAUGGUUGGGUGCGGAAGCGAUGGGGCGGGCAUUGCUGCAGGUCUGCAGCCAGUGGCAGGUGUCGUUGUUAUGUGCAGCGGGCGAAAAGACGACGGGAGCAGGCGUUGGGCGUGAGUGGUAGGAGCGUGCGUGUCGUCGGGGAAGGCAGGUAGAUACCCGAGAGCGCCGUGUGUAGAAGAUUGUGUGUUUGGACGUGGACGUCAACGUGUGCAAGGCGUGCACCUACCCUGCGGGGUGAUAUGCGUGUUCAUUACACUGACUCGGGCUGGUAAGGCUGCUGGCUGCAAGUACUUGGCGGGGGAGGGCGCAUCGGAGAUCGCCAGUUCGACUUGCGAUGAGCAGGGUGGUGUCUGUGAGCGGGUGAGUGUGACCGGGGAGGGCGCCUGCAAUGAGUGACACGAGUGACCGCGUGGGGGGCUUAGCUACGUCAUGCCAGGUCAUGCGUUGCCGGAGCGUUUGUGUGUAUCGAUUGACUGAGCUAGGAGCUUAGAGGUCUCUCAAUUCCUCACUUGUCAAGUGGCACGCUCGGGUGUGCGUCCGAUGGCCCGAGGUGCCUGCACAUUCUCGUUUGGGAGGAGCACCUGUUAGGACACUGACACGCUGCUGAUGGGGAGUUGAAGAUAAAGAGAUGGCAAGGGCGGAGUGUGAAUGUGUGAUACGGCACCUUCCAGGUACUACCAGAACGUAUGCAAGGAUUUGGGCCAAAGCUUAAUGACAUUGCAUCGCUGUGUGACAACUGCUGAAUGUAAGCCGCUAUCGCCCUG